UUUCUGGGUUGUGUUUUGCAGGUGGGGAGUUUUAAGAGAGAAAUGACCUUCACAUUUCAGCCUGAGGACUUAAGGCGCGAGUCCAGCCGGAAGACUUCUCACCACUUGUUCCCGCUGGCCAUGGAGGAAGACGUGAAAGCAACGGACACUAAAAAAGCCAGCCGGAUCCUUGAGCAAGAGAAAGAAAACACUCGAUCCAUUUGUCUCCUUGAGCAGAAGCGGAAAGUGGUUUCCUCUAACAUCGACGUCCCUCCUGCAAGAAAGUCUUCAGAGGAGCUGGACAUGGACAAGGUGACCGCAGCCAUGGUACUAACCAGCUUGUCAACUAGCCCUUUGGUCCGAAGCCCUCCCGUGCGGCCCAAUGAGGGUCUCAGCGGGUCCUGGAAGGAGGGCGCACCCUCCAGCAGCAGCAGCAGCGGCUAUUGGAGCUGGAGUGCUCCCAGCGACCAGUCCAACCCGUCCACGCCCUCGCCGCCAUUGUCCGCUGACAGCUUCAAGCCCUUCCGUAGCCCCGCGCCACCUGAUGAUGGCAUUGAUGAGGCUGAGGCCAGCAACCUGCUCUUCGAUGAGCCCAUUCCCAGGAAGAGAAAGAACUCCAUGAAGGUGAUGUUCAAAUGCCUUUGGAAAAACUGUGGCAAGGUGCUGAACACAGCAGCAGGCAUCCAGAAGCACAUCCGGGCCAUCCACCUCGGGCGUGCUGGGGACUCCGACUACAGUGAUGGGGAGGAGGAUUUCUACUACACGGAGAUCAAGCUCAACACGGACGCGAUGUCCGAGGGCCUGAGCGGCCUGGCCCCGGUUUCGCCCUCGCAGUCCCUGACCUCACCUCCUGCGUUUCCUGUCCCAGACUGCAGCCGAACAGAAGCGUCUUGUGCCAAAACAGACCCCAAACCGAUGACACCGCUGAGCCGCUCAGCCCCCACCACCCUCUACCUCGUGCACACGGACCAUGCUUACCAGGCCACGCCCCCGGUGACUAUUCCGGGGUCUAAGUUCACCCCCAACGGCAGCAAUUUCAGCAUUUCCUGGCAGUCUCCUCCGGUUACGUUCACCGGCAUUCCCGUGUCUCCAACACAUCACCACCCAGCGGGCUCAGGAGAGCAGCGCCAGCACGCUCACACGGUCCUGUCCUCCCCGCCCAGAGGGACCGUCAGCCUAAGGAAGCCCAGAGGUGAAGGCAAAAAGUGCCGCAAGGUUUAUGGGAUGGAAAACCGGGACAUGUGGUGCACCGCCUGCCGCUGGAAGAAGGCAUGCCAGCGCUUCAUCGACUGAGCCAGGAAGACAGCUCGCCCUGCCAUCCCUGCCUCACUCUCACGACAGGCGGUGAGAAAGCCUCUCCUUCCAAAGGAAGCCAUUCAAGGCCCAGGGGAAGCUUUUCCUGCAAUUCUGGGAAUGUAAUUCCAUGGUGGAAUUAAAGCAAAAAAGAAAAAAAGAAAAAUCAGCUCCUGCACUGCUCUGAGAGCCCAGACAAGAGCAGCAAAGAGUGACUUUUUCCUUCAAAAGUAACUUUGCUUACUCUCUGUCUGGUCUUAAAACUGGACUUCUGUAGCAAUCUAACCAACCAGGCCCAUUUUACCUAGGAAGAUUUUGAUAAGCUUUCUGAAUUGUGGUAUUUUCAAGGGGUUUUGACACUUAAACAGUACAGUCAUAAGCUCCACAAUAUUAGCUAGCAUUUGUACAAAGGAUAACCUACCUUGUGAAUAGGCGCCUCCCUGUUUUCCAGCCAGCUGCUUGGAGCAGUCUGGAUCAUGAUGUGUUUGAAGAAAGAGCUGCAGUUUGGCUGUGUUUUUCUGUGUCUGUUUUGUUUUCACGAAGGACCCAAGGAGAAACCUUGUAAAGAUGGUAGCUUGGAGGCCCAGGUAGCUUUGGCCAAAAGUGCCUGGCAGUGGGAAUCACAGGUAGACUUCAGAUGCAGGCUGAGGCCAGCACGCCAGGAGCCACUUCAGAAGGCAUCUGGGAGUCUCCUUGGCCCCCAAAUGGUCAUCCAGCUACUUCUGUGCCUGCCACAGCUCAGACGAGAGCCGGCACCGGGGCCAUCUGGUAAGCCUCGACGCUUUCAGGAAUGUCACACAAACUGCAGCUGGGGCGGUGUGCCCGGCUUCGUCUUGUCAAGACUGUGGCCAGGACCGUGGGUUGUCAUCCUGCCCUCCAAACCCUGCCCAGGUGGAAAUCUCCAGACUGCCUCACAGCUUUGCUCCAGGCAGAGCGUGACUGUCGUUCCCCCAGGGCAACAGAUCCACUUCCCUUCUGAGUGCACUUUUAUCCAUGGCGUGCUUUGCAUGUCACGGGGGUAGUCAGUGGACAGAGUGGCAGAGAUGGAUAACCAGUCCUUACAAAAACGUUAGAGCGAUGAAUUAAGAGUUUGCUCAGAAACUAACUUACGGGAUGCCCAAAGGAAAAUGCAUCGUGGUAUGGGACUCUCCCCAUUUAGUAGGGCCAGGGCUUGCACUGGAAUUUCUAUUGGAAUGUCUAAAUUGGUGGACUUGCACGUUUGAGGGGUGGAGCGUGGCAGGCAGCCACCAAGCCUCAUCAGAACACUUCUGCCCUGCUUAAAGAACUGGAUGUCCUGUACCUAUGCAAAGUAAGAGCACCUUAGAGGAGGCACUGGGAUGGGGGCGUGGUGUCAGCCAUACGAAUGUUAAGUAAAAUUGCACAGAGAAAAGCUUAAUAUAUGUUUAAAGAUUGUACAUAGCGCUUUUUUACAGAGUGGAAAGAAAUCAUCUAGCAAUCAGAGACCCCUUUUAAUGUCAGGGUCAUAUGGAGGUUCUGCACCGCAACACCCUAAAUUUCUGCCUUCAUGUAUUUUGGCAAUCUUAUUUUUUAAAUUCAUGUGACUUUUUACAAGAUUAUUUCUUGAAAGAGAUCCUGAUCUGUUCCUUCAGGUAUUUAAAAGAAAAAAAUUUAUUUCAAGAGAAAAGAAAAUGUGCUCUAUCUGAUUCCCCAUAGGCUGAUAGUCGACAUCAGCCACAUUGGCUCUCCUAGAUGUUUUGACCUGUAACCAGGAAACAGCAUUUUUUUUUUAAUGCAGAGCUAAGGUGUUCCCCACUCCCCCUUCUCCCGAGUAUGUCCUAUCUCCUAUCUCCUGUAGUCUCUCUGCUGUGAAAUGAUGUCCUAGCUGGUCCAAGAAGCCCUGAGCCACACGGAGAUUGUCACGGCCAGCUGUCUGAUCAAGCUCACUAUGUGCUUAAAUAAUAAAGAUCCUAGGGCAGACAUUUUUCUCCUCGGCAAAGGUCCCUGGAAUUUUUUACAUAUAUCUCAGAUGAAGACUUUAAUCAAAAUCCAUCUUCUCUUGAAGGACUUCGGGGUGAAGGAAUGCUCUCUGCAUGUGAGCAAUCCUUAAGCAAGGUGUCGUGGCCAUCUCCCCCAGAGACACAGCCCAAGGGUAGUUAGUUCUGCAUAACUGCACAUUGUCAGCGGAAUCGUGACUCCGGGUGCACCUAGCCUGGGUCCCUCGUGUCCUCUGCAGCCUUCGUCACACCAGCUCUUCUGCGUGGCCAGCCCUCCUUGGGGCUCUCAUCUGCAGGCCAGCCCUCGUCUGGCUUCCAGGUGCAGACAAAUCCUGAGGCCAGUUCUGGACACACAUGCUGCCCAUUCCCUGUGUGGAAGGGCGCAAUCUCCAGGGAACCAGAAAGCUCUGAAUUGCAACAUACAGUUACUGAUUAUAUGAGUUACAUUUUGUUAUGAGUUACAUUUUUUAAGUAGUUAUUUUGUUAUUUGGGGAACCAAAUGAAGUGCCAAAUGAAGCCUGACUUUUCAUUUGAUGCCAUCUCCAUGAAGCGAAGUUCUUUUUGUUCUGCAUUUUGUGGGGAAGCAAAGAGAGAAUGGAUGAGAAGCAUAAUCCCAGGCAAGCUGGCUGCUAGCCUGCAGCUGUGUGCAUGCCCAGGCUAACAGCCCUGUCUACAAAGAGUGGUGGCGCCCUGAAUUCCUGUCCAGUGGAGAUGUCUGAUUGUUUUUCUUCCGUGAUGUCCCUUUCUCAUUUCUCCCUGAGAAGGUAUUGCAGUGAUUGACAGGACAUUCUAUAGCCAGACAAAGCAAAAGCAAUGGGCACGACAGGCAACAGUUUCCAGCCUCAGCCUUCCCGGAGGAUGGACACUUUGUAUGUGGAAGUCAGCAAACCCCCAGGGUAGCAAGUAUGUCUAGGAGGCAAUGCAGGAGACCUGAGCCCGCCUACCGCCUGCUCAUCUUGGAGCUGAGCAGCUAGGGAUUCUCCAUGCCUGUUGCAACUGUCUGAAAUAGGACAGGAGCUGCUUUGUCCAGUCUUACCCUUACGCCAUCUUUUGUCCAGAAGUUUCUCUGUGGAGUGAAGACAGCCAGCGUCAGGAAGAAAGCAUGGGUUUCCAAAGCAGAGUGGGCUUUAAAGUGACUCUGGACAGCUCCAUGGCCAAGAGGUUUUCUUAGGAGAUGAUCCCCUGCCUCCUGUGACCAAGCUCCAAGUGAGCACUAUCAGAAAAGAACAGCACUCUCUUCAGAGAUGGUCACAUGUAUGUUACAAAAAAAAAAAUUCUGAAACUGAAUUGUUCCCCAAGAUGUCAGAAGUCUGUCAUCUCUGGUAUCCGAGUACACAUCACACUGCCCCCAGAAGCCCUGGGCUCCUAGUGAGCCAGCCUGGCAAGAGUCCAUUUCCUCUCUCACUUCAACUGCACUGCACAACAAGGGUGGCCCUCGCUGGAGGAGGUUCGAGAACGAGGUGAGGACUGUCUCUCUGCGCAGAAGAAUACUGUAACACUGCUCAUUUCCUCAGGGAAGCAGGAAGGAUGUGCGAAGACAGAUCUGGAGAACCCCAGGACUAGGAGGAAUUUUGUGGUCUCAAGAUGUUUCUUGUCAGAACUUGUUUUUCAUGUGAACUCAGUAUCAUUUCAAGACAAAUCCAUGCCAGCUGGACAGUGUCAGCUUUCGCGAGGCGUGGCAGAUGCACCCACUGUCUUUUCGUAGUCGACCUAAAGCUGACUGGUGUUUGAGCCACCGGUGCAGAGCCUGCCGGGUAUUCGUAAACGUGGUGAGGCUUUCUCUGAAUGUAAUUGUGAACAAGGAGCCUCGCUGUACCCUGUUAUAAUCUCCUGGUUUGGGCAAUUGUUGAUUUUCUCUACACAGCCUUCCCUAGGGGAAAGAGUGCUGUGGAGACGCGUGCUUUGCUCUACUGGCAGGUUGAGGAGCGUGCUGCCAUGGACUCUAGGAUUUCCACCACCCGCAUCAUCUGUAGCAUUGGCCUGUGUGAAUAGAUACAAAUGGGUGCACCAGUGGGAGCUGUCAACACAGCAGAUAGGAUGGGGGUGCAGGGCUUACGGCGUGGGGGGAAUGCUAGUGAGUCAACUGGAAAGUUUAUUUCUGGAAGAAACCCACCAGCAGCACACAGGCUCCCCUGUCCUCCUUCCUGUGGGGAUUUCUCCAUGUUGCAACCAUUUCCUCCCGUCUUUUCUGCAUUGUAGAAAUUUAGCCAAAUGGGAAAUUAAUCAAUUCAGUGAGGUUAGCACUUUUAGGUACCGAUUGUCCUGAGUAACGCACACCAACAGAGCAAGGAAGUACGAAAUGUACUCACGAUUGACUUGCUUCUGAUGACUGACAUUGGAAAGGUCCAUUUCCAGUGAUUCACCUGCUUUAAAGAGUGUACCUGCCACAGGACAAGCAAUCAAAGUGAGAGUUUCGUCUCCUGUCCUGUUUUGUAAAUAGCUCCUUGUUUUCCUAAGACAAUCUCGUGUUUUAUAACUUUUGUUGUGUGGGUCUGAGAAUCACAAUUGUAAUGUGUGAUAGAAAAUAUAAUCUUAAGUACAAUAAUAAUUACAACUUAAAUUUCCAAAUGAGAGAAAUAUACUGCUUCAGCAUCUACAAGAGACAUGUCACUUUUAUAAUGAGCGUUAGUACUUCUCAAGUUUAUCAGAACUGGAAAUAUUUUACAAGAUACAGUGUUUUAUAAUCACAGAGAACAUGAACACUUUGUGGGAAAUGACCUUGGUUUUAUACAUUGUAGCUUAUUUUUUAAAAUGCAGUAUUUUAACCGACAGGACGUGUUGAUAUGGCACACAGUUCCUGUUCACCAAUCCAAGGGCUAUGCCUCUUUGAAGCAAGUGUUUUGAUGCGUAUCUUUUAAACCCUCUGAGCAAGGGUCAGAAUGCAGAACAGGCAAAAAGGUUAUUUGCAAGAGAAUCGAUGUAGCAGCAACUUCCCCUUGUCAGGACCAGUGUGUUUUCAGAGCAUGGGGGGGAGGACAUGUGACGAUUCACUUUCGAUAUUUUAAACAUAAGAAGAGAUGCUAGCAGAUAGACUCCUAGGCUGUGGAAAAAGUAUCCCUCUAGUGUGAAGUGAAUUGUGUUGAGUUUUCUUGUUGGUCUAUUGGAGCUACAUGCCUGCAUUUAAUGAACAAGUAUCAUUUGGUGGGGAUGGCUAGACUCAUAGGAUACACACCCAAAGAACUUGUAGCCAGUCAGGGUUUGAGAUGAUUUUAUUCUCAGCACCGACUGAUUAAUUUCCUCGUCAGAGUAACUGCUUUGUUUGACUUUUGUUUUUCACGAUGAAAACCUCCCAGGCACACAAGGUUGUGAGCAGAAGGUGGCAGUAUUCCCAUGGGACAUAAGAACCCAGCAGGGACCCACACAGAGAGUUGUGAUCUAAGCUGCCCCUCGUCCUCAAGCCCAUACACCGUUAAAGAAGGCGUCUUUUCCUUCCAAGCGUUCAGUGAUCGUAAAGCUAGUCCGGUUUUGCUAAGUUUACAGACACAGCAGGACAGCCGAGCACUUGUUGGGUAACUCAGAAAGUGGUUAGAAGGCCAGCCCGGCCUCAGUUCCACAUAAGGGUUAGAUCUGUUCAGUGAGAAUAAUGAAUGCAUAGCGUGAGGCAGCCCUGUGCAGCUCAGCACCCAGUCUGUCCUGCCACCCCUUGGAUGGCACCACCAGUAGCAUGUGAGUGCCCAGCCACGUGUGCGUCUUAUUCCACCUGCAAAUGGAACCUUCUGUACAGAGGCUGCUUUAGGAUGCCUGGACAAGUCCUGUAGACGAUCAGCGCACACCAGGGCAAAGGAAGACACCAGGGAAUGGUGGAAAUGGUGUUAGACUAGGCAGCUGACAUCUUCUGAUAAGGAACACCCACACUGAGCCCCACUGAGGUUCUAACUAUCAGAACCCACAGACAUCAGGCCAGGUUGCUAGAUCCCAACUGGAGACAAAUAAGUGUUGACCACCAACACACAUUCUUGGCGAGUACUAGAGACCAAAGAAAAGCUGCGUGGGGCCAGAGGGAUCUUGUGCCACAGUUGGAGCUAUGGAAGUCAGUCCUACAUUUCUUGGCUGACAGGUCCCGCUCCUCCAUGAGCACCACAGAAUGCACAUGCGGGCACAGUCUGAGCAAUAUCCUGAGAGAUUAUUCUCAUGGAAGGCAAAAUAGUCAUGUCGUAUUCUUAGCCUUGCCCCUAGUCAGGACAUACUAAGUGGUUUCCCAGCUCUGCUAAGAGCUGCCUCCUGGCAUAUCCAGGCUACACCCCAAAGUACUAAGUAGCUGUGAUCCUGAUUCUUACUGUGUCUGCUACCGUGAUCACUGUGAUGAAGGGCUGGCAAAACAAAACGGAAAGCAGUCUUGUGCCUUUGUAGAAGACCGCCAGGUGCCCCUGAAGUUUAAGGUGACACAUGGCGCCUCUUAUGCCAAAGCCCUCUGCCCUCUCUCCAUGCUUCCCAGGCCACUCGUAUCCUUGUUCCUCUGUAAAAUUAAAAAAUAGAUAUAUAAAUAAAUUUCAGCUCCGAUCCAUCAAGGUCCUUCCACACUAAUAGGCAUUCGGUGUUUGGGGUGCCCGUUCCCUUAAAAGGAAGCUUUUCCACGUAGAAAACCAUCACAUCUUUGACAAAAUCAAAAUGAUAAUAACUUUGUUAUGGGGGUUUGGGAGGUUGAACAGAUUUUCAUUGGAGCCGCUACAUUAUUUUUAAGUCUGUCUUACAUUGAAGUCCUGAUGUUAUAGGGACAGUCCUUAUGGUAAGACGUGUCUCAUUCAGACAUUAUUUCCUUUGAUCUUCAUAAGAACCUAGUGUAGAAAGCUAAGGUCACUCUCCCAAUCCAUGGCAGUCCAGAGUAGUCUUGAACCCAGUGAGCCAGCACCAUUGUUACCUGCGAAGAGGGAAGAAGGGACUGGCUUGGCUGUCGUCCAGAGUGACUUAAGAGGCCGCCAUGUUCUCCAUCCAGAAGUAAAGAGCACACUCACCUGUGUUUCUCAGUGCAAAUGUAAUCAUCCCAAGCGUGCCCCUUACCACCGCUACCAUGCUGGUCGCCGAGUUCUCUCCAGCUAGAUGGUAAAGUGCAGGAAUAAUUAGCUAAAGCAAUAUUCUAAAUUAAAAUUUUUGACUCCUUGGGGGAAGAAUACUUUGCUGCUGGCAUCCAGCUUUUCAGACUUCGUACAUUUACAUUUGAAUGCAAGUUAACCGGUGCUGGCAAAGUUUGGAAUUGCACCCACUGGGAGUGAGUAAAAGGCUGUCCAGUGUAUGAGUGUACUUCAUCCAGGGCUCUGUGUGCCAGGCUGAGUGUGAGCAUCCUGAGUUCAGAGUAAAGCUCACAAGGAAUCUUGUCAUAGGACUAGAAGGAACGCCCACAAACCUGUAUUGACCUGUUACCUAGUUCAUUAGCAGGGUCAUUUUUUAUUGUUAUUAAUGAUGCCUUUCUAUUUUAAGUAAUUCAGUGCUUGGAGGCAGAAUGGUUUAGCCCUUUCCUACGUGAUGGAAAGACAGCCCGUUAUAUAGAUUUGCACUGGUGUUACUGGCAAACAAUGUAGAAAGAGCCUAGUAAUCGUGAACAAGAACAAAGCAAAUAACUAGACUUUGAGGUAAGGUUCAGAAUUAAAUAGUAGUCCUCUUUUUUAUGUCCUGCCUCUAUGGCGUUAUCCAUAGACUUGUGAGCCUUCGAAGAUAGCACCCCUCGUGCUGCAAGACCACCAGAAAGCCAUCCUGGAGGCUGACUGUUAGACUUCCUUAGUAGGAUCAAUUCCCCAAAAAUAUAAUUAAACAAAAAUAGCCAGAGUGGAGCAUGGCAACCCCUGAAAAAGGCAAGAGAGCUAUCAUUAAAGACAAAACAGUUGGGGAAACUGAGGUGCCUCCCAUUUCCAUCUGCAUUGACUGUCCCUAGCUGAAGAGGAAACCAGCAUCCCAGAGAAGACAAUUUUGAGAGUCUAGGAGAAGUCCCCAGCCAAUUGCCAUUUUCAGCCAUCUGGCAGCAGUGUGCAGAUUGUCUGGUGGACACGUUUUAAGUCCUUUUUUAAGGUCCUCCUCUCCCUAACCCAGAGGACAGAGAGUUGUCUUGGUUCGUUUCCAAAGCCAGAGUUGAAUGAACCAUUCUUCAUUGGUUGCUUACUGGCUGCUCCUCUGAAGUCUGCCCAGGGCACGGAUGCUCACCCCUGUCUUGCUCAUCCUGCUCAGCAGCGGCUACCAUCAUCCUCCAGGGAAAGUGCCCAGUCCCUUCUGGUCAGGUCUGUCUCCUGGCUGUGAGGAGAGGGUCUCCCUCAGCACCAUCCUAGCACACUGAGCACAGAAGAUCCACUUCAGACUCACUGAGAGGACUCACUGCCACUGCCUCCCCAGUGGCUUAGGGCUCUCUGUCCAGUCACUUGCACAGAGAUGAGAGUUGGCCCAGCAGAGGGUGCCGAAGUCUUGAGUCAUCUGCUUUAGAAUGGAGGCCGCAGCCAACCAGGAACGCCUCAGCCGAAAUCCUUCCAGGCUCUGGCUUCUGCCUGAGGAUCAGAGUGCAGGGAUGGGAUUGGCCUUCUCUCUGUGAUGGCAGGGUGCCUUUGGGAUAGAAUUGUUUCUGUUUUGUGUGUCUAGAAAGCAAAAACUACUUCAAUCUGUUCACCUUGUUAAACAUUCAUCCCUUACCACCCCUUAUUUCAGGCAUAGGUAACAAGACAGAAAUGAAAAAGGGCUUUUGGCUGUUCUUGAGUUUGAGUUACCCCUCAGGGAUCCAUCCCCAAAUUGACAGAUUACAGUCUGAGGCCUUUCUUUAUAUUCUUAUUGGGAGUCAGUGGCCGUGACAUGAUCAUCCCCCAGUGUCCCAACAGGAGAAAGCUUCAAAUGAAAUCCAAAUGUUCCAGAAAGCACAUGGCAGCUCCCAGUGCACACGGCUCCUAUGGCAACUAAAAAUGCCCCGGUUGUGAACAUGAGUCAGGCCUGUGGAUCGCACAGUAUAACCAUGCCAUUACUGCGUGUUUCCCUACGGUGCACCCUAAAAGUCCUAUUUUUGUAAUUCAUGGCUAGACUGUGGUCAGCCACUUAAACACUCUAUGGAUCAACUAGUAUACCCUAGUAUAAGUUUCCAGAAUAUUUCAUAGCAAAGUCCUGUAUGCAUGGAAGAACUCAGGGUAAGAAAAUACACACUAGGUCCCAAAGGGUUCAAGAUUAUCAAAAGCAAAUGUCAAGCGGACUGUGGUCGUUGCUUGCAAAUGAGGGGCUGGGUGGGGGGACUAUUAACUGCAGGUCCUCCGUUGCCCUUAGUGGUGGAUUUACAUGCAAACUCCGAUGUUAAAAGGUGAGCCACCUUUGAAAUUGUUUUUCUACACCAAAUCUAAAAUAUCUGGAAAAAAUAACCGAAUAUUUAAAGUGGGGUAGUUAGGGAAAAUGCUGUCUCAUAAGAACAACAGAAGCCAAACUGAAGUGGAGGGAGGGGGCCUCUGGCACACUAGGGUGGCAGCUGUGAGCACGGACAGGCACUGACCGAAGGCGUCACGGCAGUGCUAGCCAGCGUACGUAGAGGUCUUUCGAGGUAAAAUCUUGCCAUCAAUCAGGGGUAAGUACUUCCUUACAAAGUCUUUAAUAAUGAAUGAAUGUAUAAAAUUAUAAACUAUGCAUUUUCAAAGAGAAACAUGUAUUUUAUAUCAAAUCCAAAUACUUUUGUUUUCAUAGAAACUUAUCACAAUUACAGAUUAUUCAAAAUAAAUGAAAAUACAAAUCUUCAUAAGGGUGUGGGGUGCCUUUGUUUUCUUGUCCGAUGGUUUCAAAGACAAUGCAUCCAGACUUUCAUCUGAGCCCCAGACUCAGAAAAAGCAAAAAAAAAAAAAAACAAAAUCUAGCCAGUACAGGAGAUGAGGAUGCACUGCCCGUGCGGCACUCACAGACUGCCGAGUCCUCAGAGACUGGUGCUGUAGUCACAUGGAUCAACAGGUGGAUGAGGGCCAGGGAUGGGGCUGGGGCAGAGCACUGGCCUGGCUCAUGUGAGGGCCUGGCUUCAGUCCCCAACACUGGGAAAUAGGAAGAAGUGACCAACGAAACUGUAGAAAGGUCUGUCUGUUGUGCUUAACUCUCCACCCAACCAGGGGUAGGAGUAUUCUUUAAAGAGUUUAGGCUAUAGUUUAAAAAACAAAAUAUAAAAAUACUAUCUGACAAGUCGAUUUUUUUCAAAAUUACACAGAGAUGAUCACUUAUAUUUUGAAAACUCUGUAUAGAAUAUACCCGAAUUUCCUCAGCCUCCUGCUGACAGUCGUUUUCAUGAGAUGUUCCCUCUGAUAAGGGUCUUCCCUCUUCAGCGCUUACGCCAUCCUCCUGCUGACAAGGAGGACGCACUCCGUUUCUCUGCUGCUCCGGUUCUCUUCUGUGUCUGCUGAGCUUUCUAGGCUGUUUGUAAAGUAUGGGAAAACACACUUCUAAACCCGGUACUUAGGUCGUGCUGGUUAUGUUUGCUACCUUAUUAGAAGUUAGUGGGGGAGGGGUGGCCUGUCUUUUUAUAUGAUUUUUAGCCAAAUCCAGAUGUUCCGAUACUCUGUUUCUAUCUGUAAGUACCGCCUGCAGAGGUUCAGGUGGAGAGAGACAUUUUCUGAGACUGUUCCUCAGCCAUGCUCCUUGCCAGCUUUUGGCCCACUGUACAUAAAUUUGUCAAAUGUUUCAAUGAUGUUGUUUUUCUAAAUGCUGUUCUCUAACACAUUUUUUUUUCAUUUUUUUGUCCUUUAUUGUUCUGGACUUUGUCUUUUACAAAAUGUUUCCUAAGAUUUAACACCAGGAAAAAAUAUUUUAAAAUAAACUGGUGCUAAUUGGAAAAGAAGAAAUUUUUUCAGCUUCACGAUUUACAAAAGAAAAUGUUCACACCAGUUAAACUGCACUUUCCCAAGGGGAUGGCUGCUGUCCACUUACAGAGGGCAUCCAGAGGACCAGCACACAUUUAGAGUAUGCUGGCCCGUUUAUGUGUCCCCCAGAGAGGAGGACUUGCUGGGUGGUCCUCAAAGCAUGUGGUAGAAGGGAAGGUGUAGAGUAAGAACCCUUUAGAAAUAGUCUUCUGGUCUUUGGACUUUCAUGUUCUGUAAUGCUUAGCUGUAACAAUUACUAUGGUGUUGCCAAUCUUGUCUGACGUCAUCGUCAACCUGUACUGACUCUGUAUGGUUCUACCCUUGGCUUGCACUGGCACAAACCAAGCCAGAAUGCGGGUCUUUCAGUAAGACCCUUCUGAUUUCUAUGGUGUCCACACACAUGAAUUUAGAUGCACUUGUAACUGGUUAAUUACCACGAAGUAAGUCUAACUUCCACUUAAUAAAAAUUUUUGUGUAUCUGCUUCUA